GUUUGACAUUCAAUCAAAUCAGAGGAACUUUUAUAGAAUGCUAAGAACGCUACAGUUGCUUUUAGGAGCUUUUUGUUGUAGUCAAUAUUUUAGUCCGCCAACGGAAAAUCAAACCAAAGAUGAUGGGAUCCUUAAAAGAAUCCUUAUUGAUCCUCAUUUUGAAAGGGGUCACAGUGGAAUUGUUCAGUUAUUUGAGUGGAAAUGGUUAGACAUAGCUAGAGAAUGUGAGCAAUUUCUUGGACCUAAACAGUUUGGUGGAGUGCAAAUAAGUCCGCCUAAUGAGAAUGUAAUAAUUGAUGGACGUCCAUGGUUUGAAAGGUAUCAGCCUAUAAGCUACAAGAUCGCUACUAGAUCAGGCGACCAAAAAGAUUUCAUUGAAAUGACUAGAAGAUGCAAUGCGGUUGGUGUCAGAAUAUAUGCAGAUGUAGUGAUAAAUCAUAUGGCUGCAGAUCAAGUGAAUUAUACUGCAAUUGGAACAGGUGGAUCUACUGCAAUACCGUCGGUUAGAAAUUAUUCUGCUAUUCCAUACAAUGUUUCAAACUUUCAUCCACCUUGUGCUGUAAACAACUAUAAUGAUGCAUAUAAUGUCAGAAAUUGUGAACUGGUUGGAUUGCAUGAUUUAAAUCAAACUGAAGAAGAUACUCGGGCUAAAAUCGUUGACUAUUUCAAUGACUUAAUUGAUCUUGGCAUUGCAGGCUUCAGAAUUGAUGCCUCUAAGCACAUGUAUCCAACAGAUUUAGAAAUAAUCUUCAAUAGAGUAAAAUAUUUAAAUACAACAUUUGGAUUCAAACCGAAGUCAGAUCCGUUUGUAUAUCAAGAAGUAAUUGAUACAGGAAACGAGGCAAUCAGUAAAUAUGAAUAUAUAUUCGCAUGCGUCACAGAAUUUCGUUAUUCGUCUGAGAUUGGAAGAUCAUUUAGUGGCGGAGAUGAUUUAAAAUGGUUGGUAGGAUUUGGUGAGAAGUGGUCUCUUUUACCAUCACAUUUAGCUGUCGUAUUCAUUGAUAAUCAUGACAAUCAACGCUCGUCAGGAAGUGGAAUACUGUCAUAUAAAAUGCGAAAAAAAUAUAUUAUGGCUCAAUCAUUUUCACUAGCUCACCCAUACGGAAUUAAGAGAAUUAUGAGUUCAUUUGCAUUUGAUGAUAACAGGCAGGGGCCGCCGCAUGAUGAAAACUUUAGAAUUUUAUCACCAAGCAUUGAUUCAACAGGAAAUUGCACAAAUGGCUGGGUUUGUGAACAUCGAUGGCAUCCUAUUGCAUCAAUGGUAAAAUUUAUGAAUGUUGUUGAUGGUGAACAAAUCACAUCUUGGUGGGAUAAUGGCAAAAAUCAAAUCGCAUUCUCACGCGGAUCUAAAGGAUUUAUUGUUUUCAAUUUAGACAAUGAAGACAUUGAUUAUAGAUUGAUAAGUUCAACAUUAGAACAAGGAAUGUAUUGUGAUAUUAUAACUGGAGAAAAAAUUUCAGAUGAUGAAUGCUCUGGCAGAAUAGUAGAAGUACAAUCAGGAGGAAUAAUACUUACGAAUAUGUCAAAAGAUGAUUCAAAUGGAGUUUUAGCUAUACAUAUUGAACAAAGAGUUGAAGUAAAGCAUCCGAAAAGUUUUCUAAAGUAAAUAUUUGUUAUACAAAAUUUUAACUCCAUAUUUCAAUGAAUUCUUUGUGGACGUGAUAAAUAGAACGAAAAUGACAAAAACCAAUAUUUACUGUACAUGAAAUUAAUUAUGAUAAGGUCAACAUUAAAACUACUCAAUAAGAAAAUAUUUGAAAGAAACAAAAAUCUGCAUUAGUAAUAAAUAUCUUUGAUAAAACAAUAGAUUCAUUUUAUGCAAUUAUUUUGAAGGUUUUAA